AUGAGUCUCUCCUUCUCGCGCACGGACAUCACGCAGACCUCCCAGGCGGAGCGCGGCACCAUGAUCGUCUUUCCCCUGACCAAGGGUAAGCGCCAGCAGAAGCUCGCGCUGGGCGACGGCGACGGGGUGAUCCAGACGAUCGGCAUGAAGAACGACGAGCGCGUCUCCGUCUUCAAGACCAACCCGGGUCCAACGCCGGUAUCGUCGUUAGUGCUCGGGCAGGCGCGGACGCAGACGGACAAGCUCUUCGCCAGCUGCGGCAACGUCAUCAAAGGGGUGAACAAGAAGGGAAAGGAGUUCUUCAAGUUCACCACCAAUCUCACCGAACCCAUUCGCAAGCUGCACGUCGACAACGUCACCAUAUGGGCCGCGGGCGAGUACGUCGUCAACCAGUACAUCAACUGCGAGGAUGCCUACUACUACGCCGCCAACGACAAAAUCAACGACAUGGCCGUCGCGUCCGUCAUCAUCCCCGACGAGAAGAACCCGAUAUUGGCGUGCGCCGAUCGAUUCGUCCGAGUUCUCCAAGGCGGCGAGCUCUACUACGAGGUGGCCACCCCCGGCGCGUGCACCGUCGUGGAGCACUGCGCCGCGAACGACGCGCGCAGGGCGAAAGAGGCGGAGGCGAACCCGGAAGGCCGGGACAGGGACGUCGAUAAGCGGGCCAAGGCGCGGGAGGUGCUGUACGGCACGGGCACGGGCGUCGUCGGUCAGCUCUUCCUCGACGGCGAGAAGGCGCGGCGGGGGUGGGUCAUCGACCCGUCGUCUUCCCCGACGGGUUCGAGCGGUUCGCGCGCCGGGGUGAGCGCGUUGCACGGGGAUUGCGACCUCACCGGCGACGGCGUCAACGACGUGGUGGUGGGCCGCGACGACGGCUCGUUGGAGGUGUACACCCUAGACGAAAACGGCCAACCGCGGAGAGUGUUCGAGAAGAACCUCGGUGAAUCGAUACAGACGCUGGCCAGCGGGAGGGUGACCACGGGGUUCCACGAGAUCUUGGUCCACACAUUCAGCGGCAAGGUGAUUGCGUUCAGGCCCGGCGCGGACGACAGGACCAUCGACGGCUUCGCGAUGGGUGAGCAACCCACCGAGCACCAGAUGAAAAUGGCGGACGACCUCGCGAACAGGCGAGCCGACCAACUUCGCGCCGAGAUCGAGUCGCUCAAAACGGACGUCAAGCAAGCCAGGGCGCUCUACGGCAACAAGGCGGAAAAUCUCGUGGCCGCCGGUGGCGCGCAGCGCGUGCUGGACAAGUUCCAGCUCGACCCUCACACCGCGUGCUACCGCCUGACCCUCGAGGCUCCGUAUCCGAUGUUUUGCGUCUCCGUCGCGAGCACCGUCCCGCUGGAUCUGCUGGACGUGGAGAACGACGAGGCGAUGUGCGCGAGGAGCGAGCCGGAUGUCACGUCCGGGACGGCGGCGCUGGCGACGUACCGCAUGCAGGAGGGCAAGAGCAGGGCGGAGAUCAGGCUGAGGGUCAUAGAGGGACGCGCCGGGACGGUGAGGGCGUUUAUCGUUCCGUCGACGCAGCCCAAGACGUGCGCGGAGAAGACGUACGAGAUCAAGUCGCUCUGUCUGCACAGGCGUUCGGUGAACAGGCACAGCGACGAGGUGCUCGCGGCGAGGCCCAUGAACGCCAUGAGGAUCAGCGGGAACUUCGCGUUCGACGACGUGCACGCGUGGAUCGGUCGGUGCCUCGACGAGAUUCCAAACAGGGUCGACGCUCCGCCCCCGGGGGGCGAGAUCGUGUACGACUUCGAGUCGGCGCUGAUGGGCACACUGCUCCGCGUCAGCGCGCAGGAAGGGGACGCGACGUUCUGGUCCGACAGCGUCACCCCGCUGGCGCUGUUGAAGGAGUUCAUCGGCAGGGAGGCGACGAACCUGAAGCUGCAGGUUCGGUUCAACUUUGACCUCGCCGACGGGACCCCCGGGCACUUUGCUCGCCUGCUCCACCCGAAGCUUCACGCCAACCGGGAGCUCACCACGAACGCGCGGAUCGUGGAGGCCCUCAAGGAGAUCAAGCAGCAGGAGGAGACGGACGAGUUCUUCGACGACGAUCAGAAGGAGAUGCUGCGGGACGAGGCGGCGAUCAAGUCGCGGCUGAAGGAGCAGCCGAGGGAGCUCGACUACCUCAUUGGCGUCGCGAAGGACUUUUUCGUGGACUGGCACAGGUUCAAGGGGGUGAACGUGAAGCACUUACUGCCGGCGCUGGACUCGGCGCUGAGGGCGAAGGAUUACUCCCUCGAGAAACUGUCCGACAUCCUCGAGAGCGGCUCGGUUUAG